CUACUUUUUAGGUUCCAAAGUUCUAGGGGGAAAAUCUUAGCUGCCGGCACCCAGAAGAACUGCCGGUGAAGUAAUGGCGAUGCCCAUGUUUCUGAAGGAGAUUGGUUGCUCUAGCUAACGGAGAUGAAGCUUGUGGUCAUUUAGCCAAGCCGGCUGCAGGAUAUCAGACAACUGAAGGACCGUGAUGCAUCGACCAUGAACUCCGCUCCCUGUCUUUUACGGAUAAAGAAUGUAAAGGCCCUGACGUUGUGUCUCAGGGCCAUUGCUCCGACUGCAGCUCUGUUUCGAUCCCCUCAUGCACGCUCCCCGUUCAUGCACAGCUGUUCUGUCCAGCACUCACUAAGGAGUUUACAUGGCACUGGGGCACUUCUUAAGAUCCAACCCAUCGAUAAGGACUAUGGGGGUAAAUCUGGACAUGAGGGGGACCGCGAUAAAUCUCUGGUCACCCACGAUGAGCUGUUUGAGCGUGUGGCCCGGAUGUCCAGGACCAAGGCCACGUUCAACCGCGUGUUGGACGCCUUCGUAAAGCAGGACGUCCGACGCCGCGGGCACGUGGAGUUCAUCUACGCUGCUUUGAAGAAGAUGCCGGAAUUUGGGGUAGAGCGUGACAUUGCGGUCUACAACAAGCUCCUGGACAUUUUCCCCAAGGAGGUUUUCGUCCCCCGAAACUUCAUCCAGCGAAUGUACAACCACUACCCUCGACAGCAGGAGUGUGGCCUCGAGGUGCUGGAGCAAAUGGAAAAUCACGGACUCAUGCCCAAUGUGGAAACCAAGGUCCUUCUGGUGCAGAUUUUUGGGGUGAAGAGCCACCCCGUGCGGAAGUACCAGCGACUCAUGUACUGGUUCCCCAGGUUCAAGAACCUGAACCCCUAUCCUGUCCCGCACCAGCUUUCCCAGGACCCCAUAGAACUGGCUCGCUUCAGCCUGAGCCGUAUAGCGGCUGACCUGGACGCAAAGGUUACUGUGUAUCAGUUACCUUAUACAGAUGUGAUUGAGAGUGGGGAAGAGGUGUCACAGCCGUAUAUCGUAGGUAUCCAGAGUCCUGACCAGCGCUCCCUGCUGGCCCAGCACUGCACCAACAGACCUGUUUUUGUGGAGGGCCCCUUCCCCUUGUGGCUGAGAAAGACCUGCAUCUACUACUAUGUGCUGCGGGCUGAUCCACUGCCGCCUGAGGAGAAGGUGGAGGAGCCCUUCGACCCUGACCGAAGCUUCUUCUACCCGCUGCAGCUGGACCUGGACCUGGAGCGUGACAUGGGGGAUGACGACAGCUUCGAUGUCGAUGAAGUGGAGGAAGGCCCCGUCUUUGCCAUGUGUAUGGUGGGUCGGGGGGACCAGGCCACUCUCGGCCAGUGGAUCUCAGCCCUGCAGGAGACCAACCCCGUCCUGGGCAGAACCGCCACCCUGUUCAGACUAGAGUCUGGACCCCGGGAGCUCCAGAGUGCUGCAGAACCGGAACCAGCACCAGAAACCGAGGCAGAACCAGGGCCCACCGAGGAAGAGGAACCUCUGCGCAGCCAUGGCGCGAAGCAGUGAGACCGCUUACAGAGCUGCACCUGUGUAACAGCCAAAUGCUUCCCUGCUGCAAACGUUCUCACUUCCUCUUUCAUUACAUUCAUUACAUUUAUCUACAUUCUUGAUCUCCAACCCUAGUGCUUGAGAGCUACUGGGUCUGCUGGUUUUUGCACCCCGCUGAGACCAGGUGACGUUAGUUAACUGUAAUUCAUUCACUCCAAUUGAUUUGUUAAGUGCAGAGUGACAACGAAAACCAGCACACCCUGUAGCUCUCCAGGACCAGGAUUGGAGGCCACUGGCAUUGAUGCUGGCAUUAGCUAGCAGGUGAAGCAGUACUGCAAGUCACCCUUUCAUUGACUGCGUUUUAGUGAAGUGUUAACUUACUGGUGGUGAGCAUUGAAUUAUUUCCAUGCAUGGAAAUAUGGUUAUCCCUGGGGAGAUUGUUGGUGCUGUUCUUUUGAGACUGAUUUAUUUAUAGUUAAUCUUAUAUUAGUUUCCAUAGUUUCUGAAAUCACAAGGAACAAAAAAUAGGAUUAUAUUUGCAAAUGAAAGCUCUGAUGUUAAGCCUCUUAGUUAUAAUUUUACUUUAGUGAUGUUAUCUCACUCUAGAAGGCAUAAAUGUACAUCCAAAACUACCAAUGUACCAAGAACUGUACGUACAAUUUACAUUUUGGGAAUUGGGAAUACAGCUGCUGUUACAGACUAAAAAAUAUUUGUAACCGGAAUACAAGCAUUACAUAGCAACAGUAACUGUGAAGUAUCAGAACAAACACAUCUAAUUUUGAUAUUUUUUGCAUUAUUCCUGUUACACCUGAUUUCUCAGAAAGCCAUUAAUAACCGCUGCUGCUUUCCCAAUUUCAUUAAAGAAAAACAUUAUUUCAGAAAAAAA